UCUAGAAACCAUGGCCCAUGUUUUCCACUUGUUGCAGUGGUAGAAUACAGGUAGUCAAGAAUGUCUGCCACUGCUUUUCCACAUCUAGAUCCUCUCCAAUCCGCAGGGCCAUUAAUAAGAGAGCCUGAGCACAAGGGUAGCUUUAAGUUUGCAAGAAAGCAGUCAUGAGUUUGUUAUACAUUCUUCUUCUUUCAUUGUUUCUAAGCAGUUUCAGGGCUGAUCCUUUGGGUAAUUUUUGUGAUGAAAACACCAACAUAAAUACCAGUAGCCAGACAUCAGCAAACAUUGAUCUCUUGUUAGCUGAACUGGUCUCUAAAACUUCCUCAACUGGUUAUGUUGCUACUUCCUCCGGUAGAGAACCUGACGAAGUCUAUGGUCUUGCUCAAUGCAGAGGCGAUGUUAGCAGUAAAGAUUGUUCAAGUUGCAUACAAGAUGCAGCAAAGCAAAUUCGCCAACGCUGUCCAAGUCAAUCUGAUGCAAGGAUUUGGUAUGACUAUUGUUUUCUACGGUAUAGCAAAGAGAAUUUUGUUGGAGAACUCGACACAUCGUUCGGUAUAUUCUACUUUAAUGUUGCAAAUGUCACUGAUCCUCAAAGUUUUAACAAAGAGCUUGGAGCUCUAAUGGAUAAAAUUAGAUCAGAAGCUGUCAUGCCAAAGCAAGAAGGGCUUGGUAAAGGUAAGACCAAAUUGUCACCAUUUGUGAACCUUUAUGCUUUGGUGCAGUGCACAAGGGACCUAUCUCAGAUAGAUUGUGCUCAAUGCCUGGCAAUUGCUGUUGGGAAUUUCCCAAACUUUUGUGACAACAAGAAGGGUUGUCGGGUCUUAUACAGUAGUUGUUAUGUACGGUACGAGCUUUAUCCGUUUUUCUUCCCAAUUGAUUCAAAUAAUGGUACCUCAUUUGGCAAAACAGUGGUGAUAUUUCAUAGAUUUUUGAUUUCUUAGUGAGCUAUGCCAAAAUCAGUUUGUUCAAAGGAUUUGCAAGCCGUGUGGUAGUUCCUUUUCAUAUAAUAAAUUCCUGUCGCUUUAACCUAUGUACUUCGUUUCAACAAGAAUGAUCUCUAUGUUGCAUUUUGUAUUUCUGUUUAUACAAGUUUAUCUUUAUCUGA